AAUGUUGUUUGCUGUAGCCUCCCUGGCGGUAUUCCUGAGUGUAGCUCGGGGUAAAGUUUCAGUACCAAAAGCGGUAACCCCGAGCUACACUCGGGCUUACCAUGCGACGUUGCUCCCGGAUCUGUCCUUCUCUUACCUUGCCCUGCGCUCCCGCGAUGUCCCUCCUGCAGUGUCCCCUGUAAUGUCCUCCGGCGGAUGCCGGCAUCUGUCUUCUGGGUUCUGUCCCCUGCGAUGUCGGGACGUACGGGGACAGAACGGCGGGAAAUUUGAAAAUGACAAAAAGUGACAUUCACUAAAUUCACUAAAAUCACAUAGUAAAACAUUACUGUAUCAAACCAUUUCACAUACAU